AGAUAGUACUAGUAUACCAUAGCCGGUGCUAGUAUUAUCCCGUUCCAAAGGGGCCAAAGUCAGCCGUUUGUGGGGUCUAAAGGCGGGCUGCAAUUAAACAAAAGCAGCAUCAUCAUCAUCGCAUGCCUACGUACGUGACACAAGAAGAAGAGAAUAAGUCAGUAAUCAAACGAAUCACAGGCAUAUCAUCAUCAUAUGCCUAUUCUUCUUCUUUUUCUUCUUCUUCUUCUUACAGAAUACCCAGACUCCUCCGUCUUUAGAAAACCUCAAAUAAAAACGUCAUAACUUCCAAAACACCAGCACGCCAACAGUAUUAUCAAAUAUGCGCUUCUGUGUCUUUUCCAAAGCCAACAACGCCACUGUCCCAUUUCAUUAUUUUAACUCUUGAAUACUAGUAGCACUAUUAACUUUCAUAAACUCCACUCCACAUUAAUCAACCUCUCUUAAAAACAAAAAAAAAGUCUUCCUAUUUUGCAUGCUCCUCCUCCUCUAGAUCAAAUGACCAAGUACCAUCAUCAACAAUUACUCUCCCACCCUUCCUCCUCUCUCUCCCAGCCCAUCCUCGAUUCCUCCAAGAUGAUAAACGAAGAACCAGACCCCAACCCCAUGUCCGAUCACAACAUUUUGGAGUGGAUAGAGGGCUCCUUGCCUUUCCUCCCUCCAAUCUUCGAUGAUCCUUAUGAUUCCUGGUGGCCGCUUCCUGCUCCAGCUCCGGACCAGGAACAGAUUAACCGCUGCUCGACUUCUUUCAACAGCAACGUCUCUACUGUUACCGCCGCGACGAGCGCUACCCUCCCUGAACCUCCUGCCAUUCCCUCCGACCAUCCACGGCCGUCGGAUUCUUCCAAGAAACGGAAAGCGUCCGACGAUCAUGCUCCCAAGACAUCCCAAAUCUCCCGAAAGAGUCAGAAUCGUCGGAACAACAACGAGGGUGAUGAGGGGGAAACGAUUGUGGAACAAGGCCUCGUUCCAGCCAGGAAGUCUUCUGGGAGUAAAAAGGCCGCAGCCAAGUCCGGAGGCAAUACCUGUAACAACAAAGACGGUAGGUGGGCAGAGCAGCUGCUCAACCCUUGUGCGGCUGCCAUUACAGCCUCAAAUCCAAGCCGGGUUCAACACCUCUUGUACGUCAUCAACGAGCUCGCCUCCUUAACCGGUGAUGCCAACCACCGGUUAGCUGCUCAUGGGCUCCGGGCGCUGAAGCAUCACCUGGCUUCCCCUGGCUCAUCGGUCACUUCAGCCGGAAGUACUACUUUCGCUUCUACCAACCCAAAGUUCUUUACUGAGUCUCUUAUCAAUUUUAGCGACAUCAAUCCCUGGUUCCGCAUCCCCAACAGCAUAGCCAACUCCUCCAUCCUGCAAAUUCUCCAGGAACAGAAUCAACCUCGAAAUCUUCACAUUGUCGACGUUGGAGUCUCUCAUGGCAUUCAGUGGCCAACUCUCCUCGAAGAAUUGACGCGUCGAUCAGGUGGACCGCCUCCUUUGGUUCGUAUUACGUUAAUCACUCGAACCAAUCACGAAGAACAAUCACGGAACACACCAUUCGCCGCAAGCCCCUCGGGAUACAAUUGCUCAUCACAACUCCUGGGUUUUGCUAAAAAAAUAAACAUCAAUCUUCAGAUCAACAGACUCGACAACUUCCCGUUGCAGAAUCUCAAUUCUCAGGUCAUAAAGUCGUCCCCAGAUGAGACCUUGAUCAUUUGCACCCAGUUUAGGCUCCAUAAUCUCAACCACAACAACCCAGAUGACAGAACGUACUUCUUGAAAGUAUUGAGGAGUAUGGAACCUAAAGGAGUAGUUCUUACUGAGAAUAACGCGGACUGCAGCUGUCACAACUGCGUAGACUUUGCAACAGGGUUCUCUAGAAGAGUGGAGUACUUGUGGAGAUUCCUGGACUCGGCAAGCGUUGCAUAUAAAGGACGUGAGAGCGACGAAAGAAGGAUGAUGGAAGGAGAGGCUGCGAAGGCUUUGACGAAUGCAGGAGAGAUGAACGAGAGGAAGGAGAAAUGGUAUGAGAGAAUGGCCAGUGUUGGUUUCAGCAGGCAGGUGUUUGGAGAGGACGCAGUUGACGGCGCUCGGGCAUUAUUGAGGAAAUACGACAGUAAUUGGGAGAUCAGAGUAGAAGACAGAGAUGGCUGCGUGGGUUUGUGGUGGAAAGGGCAGCCUGUAUCUUUUUGCUCAUUGUGGAAAAUAGCUCCAGAUACCAAAUAGAGACAAGACUGAUCCAGUGGGUUUCUCAUUGUUGUUCAGUCUCAUCUGUGAAGGAAUUGUACUAAGUGAAAUCUUUCAGCUUCUUAUCUUGUCGCCAGCUUCAGUGCCAUCCUUCUAUCUUUAACCAGCUACCCAACACUACCAUGAUCGAAUGUGAAGCUCUCUCUCUAGUUAAAGAAUAGGAAGGAGCGAAACAAACGCAGGCAUUUCGUAGAUCAAGUGAUUAGUAGUAGAUUCCGGGAUCCUCUGUAAUAUAAUUUUGUCAAAGUUAACAAACAUAUGAGCAAACUCAUCAAUCUUAUACAUACCCAUUUUAUUCAUCUUUCA